AGGAUGAGUAAUGUGACAGAAUUCAUCCUCCUGGGCCUCACCCAAAAUCCACAGCUGCAGAAGCUCUUGUUCACCGUGUGUUUCCUGAUCUACGUGCUCACCCUGGCAGGGAACACGCUCAUCUCCGUCACCGUCUUCGUCAGCCCGGCCCUCGCUUCUCCCAUGUACUUUUUCCUGGCCUAUUUGUCCAUCGUAGAUGGUUUCUACUCUUCCUCCAUAGCCCCCAAAAUGGUCUUCGACUUGGUCUCUGAGAAUAGCACCAUCUCCUUCAGUGGCUGCAUGGCUCAGAUCUUCGCCGUGCACUUCUUCGUCGCAGCUGAGAUCAUCGUGCUCAUCGCCAUGGCCUACGACCGCUACGUGGCCAUCUGCAAGCCCCUGCACUACGUGACCAUCAUGAGCCGACCCGUGUGUGCCUUCCUGGUGGGGGCCGCCGUGCUCUUAGGCUUUGUUCAUGGGGGGAUUCAGCUGCUCUUUAUAGCCCGGCUACCGUUCUGCGGCCCCAAUGUCAUCGACCACUUCAUGUGCGACCUGAUCCCGCUCCUGGAGCUGGCUUGCACCGACACCCACACUCUGGGGCCCCUCAUUGCUGCCAACAGCAGCUCGCUGUGUGUGCUCACCUUUGCUGUGCUGGCUGCUUCCUACCUGGUCAUCCUGCGCUCCCUGAGGACCUACAGCUCUGCGGGGCGCCACAAAGCCCUGUCCACCUGCGCCUCCCAUAUCACGGUUGUCGUCUUAUUCUUCGUGCCUUGUUCGUACCUCUACCUAAGACCCGUGACCUCCUUCCCCACCGACAAGGCUGUGACUGUGCUUUGCACCCUAAUAACACCCAUGCUGAACCCUUUAAUCUACACCCUCAGAAAUGAGGAAGUGACGAAGGUCAUGAAGAAGCACUGGGGUCAAAUAAUGAAAAGGGAUGACAAAUAA